AUGGUUUUCAUGGUGAAAUUCUUGCUGAUAUUUCAUCUCCUUGGAGUCACUGGUGGCGGCAGAAGGGAUGAGUCUGGUGUCAAGGAGCUUGAGGAUUUCGUCGCAGAUGUUGGAGAGCUCCGACUCGUUCCGGGUCAAAAAGCGCCACUGAAGUGGGUUGCGAUCCGGGUUAAGAGUGGGUUGCACCGCCGAAGUAGAGAGUCUGGUGUCAAAAAGCUCCGCCGAAGUGGGUUGCGAUCCGAUUCUUCUGGGUUGCGAUCUGGGUUCUAUAUGAUGCAAACAGAUAUAACAGUGGAUCUAAGUGUGCAUAUUGAAGGAGACAAUCAAAAUCAACAAACAUAUGAGAAUAUGAUGCAGACAGAAACAACAAAGGGUCUAAGUGGGCAUGCUGAACAAGAAAAUCAAAAUCAACAUCAGAAUUUUGAGAUUCCAGGCCAAACAACAUCUCAGUACCUUUGCCUCUAUCGAGCAGCCUUAGAAGGUAAUUGGCAAGAUGCUAAGAAAAUACUUGAGGAUGAUCCAGAUGCCAUUCGAUAUUCCAUUACACAAACGAAGGAGUCAGUUCUUCACAUUGCAUUCGCAUCAAAACACAUGGCUUUUGUAAAAGAACUGGUGCAACUUUUGUCUGACGACGACUUAGAACUGAGAAACCAAGAAGGAGAAACAGCCCUUUGCUUUGCUGCGAAAUCAGGAAUUGUGGCAAUUGCUAAGGAGAUGGUGAAAAAGAACAAUAGACUCCCAUUAGCCCGCAGUAAAGAAGAUAGGACACCACUUCCCAAAGCUGCUUUGCUCGGACUUAGAGACAUGGUGUCUUAUCUAUUCACUGUGACUUCUUUUGAAGGUUUGAGUCCUUCUGAACACAUGGAGAUCCUUGUGGCUACUAUUACCAAUGAUAUGUAUGGUAUGUCCCACAUCUCAAUAAUUGUGAGUUUGAGGCAAUUAAUUGAAAAUGCCAUUACAUCAUUUGAUGUCCUUAGAGAAAAUUUUGAUUGGGCAUGA